GAUAGUAUAGUUGUAAUUUGCAUAUUGGGCAAAUUUUACAGAUGUUGUGUUGCAAAUUGUGUAUAACAACAUCCCUAUUUAGUGGAUUUUAUAUAUUAUGGAUAUAGUUAUGUGCAGCUUAGGUAUUGUGCAUUGUUUUAAAAGUAGUUCGUCUUGAGUAAGAAUCGUUCAAAAGAAGGCCUGUGAAAGCGUGAGGCAGUGGAAUGUCUUUGAGAGACUGUUUUAGUUUUAUAUUUGUUAUUAUGUGCUAGCGUGGAAUGCUAGCGCUUGGUAUGGACCUACUGGAAUAUAGCUCUUUGCUGGAGUACUGUAGGCGUUACCAAUUCUGAUUAUGGCUGGCUGUGAGCAGCAGCAGCCUGGUAGUACCAUGGAAGAAGAUGGCAAGGAGAAGGUAUGCAUAAUACCAAUAGGCUGGAGGCGGGAGCUUGACAAAGGUGCUGUUGCUUAUUUUAGCUCAAGUGGAUUUAAACUGACAAGUAUACAGGAGAUAAAAGCCUACAUAGCAACGGAGGGAACUUGUAAGUGUGGUCUACAGUGCCCUUUAAUGGUUGAAAGGGUAUUUAACUUUGAUUGCAAAGUCAAAGGCAAAAUAAGGCUUGCAGAGGAUGUGAUCAAAGACAGUGAUUUAACUAAACUGUGUAAUCAUAAACGGAAAAUAAUUGCCAUGGCAACCUUGCAGAAUAGUGUGACUGAUCUGGAGGCUAGCAAUGGACAUGACAGCAAAAGAGACUGUAAGGCAAAUACAAAGGGUACUAAACGAUCACGUACAAAAGCAAAAGUUUCAGCUUGUCAGCAGAAGCAAUUGCCGAGUCUGUCAGUUUCAAAGCUCUUAGCCAUGCAACAGGGUGGGAAAAUGUCAGGCCCUUUGCCGUCUAUGGACUCCUUUACUGCCAACAGAUUUCAUGCCACCUCUACAAUGCCAGCUCAGUAUGCUGCAAUGAAUAACCCUAGGCAUAUACAUAAUUUUCCUAUCCAAGGUCAUAAUACACAGUUGGCAGGAGAUCUAGCAUUUGAUGCUUUGUUAGCUGCAAGGACUAUGGAAAAACUUAAUGGCUAUACAACUUCAGACACACAAACCAUGCAAGGAAUCGCUCAACAUGUGUCACCACCUGGAAUUCAUCGUGAAAUGGUUGUAACUCCGAAUGGAGACAUCUUUCCAGGUGUUGUUCCACUUGCAAGCAACCUUUUAUCACCAGGGAUUUCACCUGGAUCUUCUGGUUUUACUAAUGUACAAUAUCAAACUAGUCCUCAGUUUUUGCAUGGUAAACCAAUGCAACAGAUUCCUGGAAUUCCACAUGUAUCAUCCUUUGUUCCAACAGCAGAACCUAUUCAAGAUGGACUCCACCAAGCUCAUGGAAAGAUCCAGGAAAAUCAUCUUAAUCAUUUAAGAAGAGGAUUGUCAUUUCCUCAAGCAGAAGGUCAGUUUUAUCCACCUCCAGUACCUCUAAGGCAUUCAACACCUGUAGAACCUACCCCUAACAAGCUUUCAUUACCUGUUCUUGGACAAUCAAUGAUAACCUCGUUUCCAGCGAGUUCCCUGCUAACAGCAGCAGCCAGAGCACAAAUAGCUGAAAAAGAACUUAUAAAUCCAUCUGAAAAUAUUUUAAGCAAUCAGAUAAAAACUGUUCCAAAUGUACCAAAAUCAGUGCCUUUACUUAAAGAUGGACCUAGAAAGAAGAUGCUCAAUUGCAAAGAAAGUGAUACCUCCAGAGAGGAAGCUAAUAGUGAUUUUGUUUCAUCAGAUAUUUUGUCAAAAGACUGUGUUACAAGUGCUACAAAGAAUGUGGAAUCAGUCAAGAACAAUUCAAGUGAGGACAAUAAACAUUUGGUUCUGAAAAGGAAUCAAGAUAUAGCUACUUCAACUUCCUCAGUUCCAACAAGCACAGUUAGUGAACCUUCUCCCAAAAAACCCAAGUUUGAUGAGAGUAUAAAACAGCAGUCUGAUGCAGUUGUAGAAGAUGUACUCAUUUCUGAGAACUCCAUAUCUAGGACAGCUGAACAUGAUAAAUCAAUUAAUGUGACACCUGCAAAAGAAAGUAGCAACACGUCUACUACAUGUACAAUAGAAGGUGUCAAUAAUGUUACUGGUGAAAUGGAGACAAAGAAAAUGCAGCUUGAUCACAUGAUUCGACAUCCGGUUCAAAUGCAACAUGAUCAAGAAUGGUAUCUUUCAAUGAUUAAGAACCAAUCUUCCAUGAUGAACCAGGUGCCUCCAGGAUUCAAUCAUCUGAUUGGUGGCAUGCCUAAUAACUUGAAUAACUGCUUCCAAUCUGGAUGUGUACCCCCAAACAUAAUGCAUCAACGGAAUGUUCCUUUACCAAGUUUAUCAGAGAAAUCAACUAAAGAAUGGUUGGCAGAAAUGAAUAUUAAGAAUAUGCAACAAACUUUUGUCAACUUUCAACAUCAACAGAGGAUUGGCUUUGGAUCUCACAUGCUUCCGGGGAAUCGUGGCUUUGGUCAGAUGCAUCCGUCAAUGCUACAAAACAUGCUACAAUCAGGUGGUUUAGCAUCUCAGAUGGGAAAUGGAAUGGGAUUUCAACAAGUACCCAAUCCCAUUGCAUCUGUUGGUUUACAGACUACUCCCAUUGGAACUAAUGUUUCUCGGCCUAAUCGGCGAAAAUCACCUGGCAGACAAUAUGGUAGUGUGAAGAAAAGUCCUAAAAGCGGAGCUCGUUCAGGGCCACAAAAAGUAAAAGAUAUUCUUGCUAUGAGGAAAGAAAAAGAAAAGGAGAUCGAAAGGGAAAGAGGGCUGUUGGAAGAAGCAGAGAAGCAGAAAAUGGGUAAGGCAGAAGAUGAAGCAGUCUAUCAUGCUGUCAUUGAUGCAUCAGGUACAGGUUUGAAAGUCCUAAUAACAUCGGGACAAGAAACGCCUGCAACAAUCGCAACCCCACCAGUUGUGUCAAUUGCGAGUGAUGUUAACAUGGCAGGGACAAAUUCUUCCUUGCACAAUCCUGAAAAUCUAACAGAAAAACUCCAAGUAGUGGAUAAUUGCAAAAAUGAAAUACCUGAUGUUCAACCCAUAAGUUUUAAAGACCAAAGUGAAGUAGUAGCAAUAAAAACCACAUCACCAGAAGUGAUAGCUGCCCAGUCAGAGCUCUCCAGUUUACCGUCCAAUGAUAUUUCAUCCAAUCAGUCACCAGGAGAUGGUUUAAUUAUUGCUGGUGACGAUUAUAAAAGUACUAUUGUCGAUUCUAAGGCUCAGGUUGUUGAUGCAGAAGAUAAGAACCAAAGAACUGUAUGUCAGACCACCAUAACCCCACCACUUCCUUCUGAACCUAUGUGUAGUCAUAGCAUUAAAGAUGAAAAUAGAAUUGAUCUCCCAUGCAUUGAAGAAAUUCCUAAGGAAACCAAGGAAGAUGUUGAACAAUCUUUAGAUAGUAGUGAUGUCAUCAUACAUGAUUCUCUGGAACAGUCUAUUAAUGAUUGCGAUAAAGACAAAAGUGAUCGGCCACAGCCAGAUUCAAAUCAGGUACCCAAAGAUAAUGUCAAUGAUGCAAUAGAAACUAAUGUUGCAAUUGAGUCUGAACAUGCAUCAUAUGAGUUGUGUGAAGUUGUUAGUGAGAAGAGAUCUAAUGAUGCUAUGAGCAAAACUAGAAUUUGUGAAGCAUCUCAACCAACAAUAGUAUCUACAGCGAUGUUAACUGUAACAAAGUCGAUUGGCUCUUGCUCUGUUGAGUCUUCUGAAGACCACCAAUGUAAAACAAACACUGAUAUACUACCUAUAACUGGAAAAAUAUUAGAAAAAUCUAUUGAGGAAACUAAUAAAAAUGUUGAAUCAACAUUGCAUGAUGGAUGUAAUAGUCCACCCCCUUAUAAAGCAGAUCUUAGUGAUGAUAAGCUGUCAGAAGUUAGUUUAUUUUCGGCAGACAUUUCAGAUAAAGUUAAUCCUGAAAACUCUUCUGUAAAUACACCUGUUGACUUGAGUGAUAUAAAUAGCUCUGACCCACCAAGGAAUAAAGAAGUAAUCAUAGAACAGCCACACAUGUUUCACUCAAGUGCUGCCACCCCUCAAGCACUUAAAUUAUCAAGUAUAGCAGAUGACAUCACUGAGGUGGAGGUUAGUGGGGAAAGUAAUUUAUUAAAUCAACAGUCAGGAAUGAAUGACUCGGAAAACACAUCUCAAAAAGCUGGACCUCUAGAGCUUCGUUUUGUAAGAGAUAAAACCAACUUCGGUCUUGCAGAUAAUAAAGAAAUCAUGGAAGAAUUAAAGGAGCCAGUUAUCCUGCAAACAGAAGAGUCUCCAUUUGUUGAAGAAAACAAUUCUUAUCCCCUACCGAAGUUUGAACAGGGAGUAAUUAAUAUUUCUAAUAAUUUAAGUGAUAGUAGGACAUCUGAAUCUCAUAGUGUACAUCAGUCUAUGCCAGAAACCAAUACAAUUUCAGAUGCAAAGCAGGAACCAGCUGAAGAUAAGACUCGGUUUGAGUUGAAAGACAUAACUAAUUCAGCCAUAGAUGAAGUUACUUGUGAUUUGGAUUGUCAAAUGGUAGUUGAGUCUAAUAUUAUUGAUGCUUCACCAGACGAUGAUGGCACUAUUGCAGAUAGUGUAGAAGCUAUGCAAGUUGAGCCUACAGGCACACUGAUGACUAGUACUGUGAAGGAGCUUGUUGAUGAUUUAGAAACAAAAACUGUAGAUGAUGAUAGAAACCUUGAUAAAAGCGUGCAACUUGAAAACUUAGUGCAAGACAGUGUGAUAGGCAAGCAUGAUAGUGAAGAAAUCAUAAAUGUAGAAGAGGAAAAUUCUUGUAAUUUCAUCAAAUGUGAUUCGGAAAUAAAUACAGAUGAAUGUAGUGAAGAACUUAAUAAUACAAAAAUAAGUUUAGACAAUAUAGAACUAUCUAAAUUACAGCAACAGACUUCAAAUUCUGGAUUUGAAAGGUUAAGCCUUGAUGCUUCAGAGAGCUUACAAGAAAAUUGUUUACAUUCCUUUGCAAGUACCUGCGAAAAAGUGGCUCCUUUGCCGGUUAACUCUACUGCUCUUCCACCAGCCUCCCAAGAAGCUGACAAUUAUUGUAUUGAACCACUUUCUGAAAGUAUAGGUAAUGUUGAUGAUAGAGAAACAGUAGAAAGUGAUAUAUCAGUUGUGGAGGUAAACACAACUUAUAUAGAACAGAAACAAACAGUGGAUGAAGAGACACUUGCUCAAGUAAAAGUUGAUCAUUUGCCAAGCAAUCAGGAAGUGUGUGAAACCUUGGAAUUGGAGAAAGAAAUCAAAACGAAUGUAAUUCAACCCGAUGUCGUUAAACAUGACUUGACUGUCAGUUCUACCGAUCAAAAUAAAAAUCUUAAAUCAACUGCAGCUGGAACAAUUGGCAGAGAGCAAUCAAAGGCAGCUUUGUUAUCAGAACGGCUAGAGAACUCUGAAAAGGAGUUUACAUUGGUGAAUCUUGUUAAUGGAGAACUUGGUGGCAGACUGCAAACAAGGAAGGAGAAGCAGAAAGAUGUAAUUAAGAGUGCAAUAGAGGAAGAAUGUCUUGAAAUAAGUCAGCAUAACUCAGAUAAACCUGAAGAUAUUGAAGAAGCUUGUAAAGAAAACACAAACUGCACCCAUGAAUCAUCUCCACCAUCACCUGGGGAGGACCUGCCUCCAAGUUUUGGGAUUGGUGAUCUUGUCUGGGGUCAAAUUAGAGGAUGUGCUUCAUGGCCCGGUAAGGUUGUUUGUGAAAAUGAUGUUAAAGGUCAUCGACAUUCGGAGACAGGCAAGAUUUGGGUAAAGUGGUUUGGAGAUCACACUUUUACACAAGUUGAACCUGACAAAUUAAAGAAUCUGACGGAAGGACUUGAAGCCCACCAUACCACCAGAGCAAGAAGUAGAAGAAGUCGAAAAAUAACCAGUAGCCUUGAAAUUGCGAUCCAGGAAGCUAUGACUGAAUUGGAUAAGAAGAUGGAACAGGUGAGGGCGCCAUUACAGUAUUGAAAGCCAGCCCAGUGAGGGAGUCAAGAAAAAGAGGAGCGAUCAAAGUUGGGUACGAAAACAAGGAAUAGAAACAGAAGGAAAAAAGCAAGAUGACAGACCUAGUUACAGUUGUACCCCUCUUUCAUACUGUCCCUUUAUGGCAAGAUGGCGAAAGCUAAAUAUUGAAGAUUGUUGCGAUUAUGUUUAUGAUCAAAUUAUAAUUAAUCAAACAUUAAUUAUCAUUUUGGUUUGUAGAUACACAUUUAUUACAAAAUUACCAACAAAAAAUACAGAUAGUAGUUAGUAUACUAAAGUAAUAUUGUUUUUAUUGAGUUAAGUUUAUUAAGGAAUUUGCUUUUUAAUAUAGAGUACCACAGUCGUGCCGUCACAACGCCAGGUUGCGCCCUCUGUUGCCAACCAGACGUUGGCUACCGUUCAUUACGCCUGAAUGACUUCAUAGGUUUUCUGGAAUAGGCAUUUUAAAAUCUAAUAUUUUAUCAUCAAAAUGUACUAAAAACACAAAAGCUCGCAUUAUAUUAGUUUUCAAACACACAUU